UGGGUUCCUUCUUCGCUUCCACCAUAACGGCCCAUGCUUCCAUGAUCCAUUACACUGCAUGUAUCUAUGUAUUCUUUCUUUACUUCCCUUUUAUGAUCUACCACAAGCGUAUGUAGAUCCCGGCCGGCUAUCACCGUCUCUAACCCAGCCGAUCCAAGUUCCAGCCAAGUUCCAUUUUUGCCCCUGGCCAUCGGGCAAUCGUAGGUUCAAGGUUGCUUGAGACCCUCUUGACCCUCUAACCCUUACGAAGUCUCUUGACUGGCUGGUAUGUAACGCUGGGCAUGAGAGAGAGGGAAAAACCUGCCCACGAGCUAGAAAAAUGGGACGAGUUGCCCGACGGCGGCGGCGGAAUUAUCCUCUGCCUCUGCUAGGUUGCUGCUGGUUGCUGCUGGUUACUGCUGGUUGCUGACUUACAAUUUGGUUCCCGUCGUCAAAACCGUUGCAAUUUCCAGUCCCUCCCGUCCUGUCUAUUCCUAUUUGAUCGGACCUGACCCAUCCUCAAAGAAGAAAGAAAAAACGCCGAUAUCAAAGUCCCUUGAUAUAACUAAAAGUAGUAGUACCCACACGCUAGGAAUCUCUCCUCGUAUCCUUGUGUCAUACAUGUCCCUGCGAGCUGUUCCACGCUCUUUGUAACUGCUAAGGACGCUAAAAACAGCUUGUCUCUAUUGUUUCGAUUUAUACUGCUUUAAUAAUCCUGACUCUCCCACCAACAUAUUCUCAGGUUCUACUCAUGACCAACCUUCACCACUUACCGUUCACAUUUCGUGGACGAAACCCCUUGGCCACCUUUCCGCCAAGUGCGGGAAUCACUUCCAAAGCAAUAAUACAUGCUGUCGAAUCUGCCGAAUUAAAAAUGCCUUCUUUUAACCCUUUUACUUCGGUAGCUAGUCGGAAUGUCUGUACCUUAUUUGAGAUACGUCUCGAGAACGAUUUUAUUGUCUUUCGUGGAAACGAGCAUGAAGCUUCCGGUCAGCUAUUAAAAGGCGUCUUAGUCUUGUGCUUGAGAGAACCCUUGAAGGUCGAAGAUGUUCACUUGCGGCUGAUGGGUAGCUGCCGUGUGGCUUGGGUCGACGGAAAACAGACACCAUCCGGUAUUCACAAUCAGAAAAUGGAUAGGACGACCACAAUUCUAAGACAUACUUGGCCACCUUUCGUGGGCGAGACGACGCAUCACAACACUUUAGCCCCCGGAAAUUAUGAGUGGCCAUUUGAGUUUCUACUACCGGGAGAUACCGCCGAGAGCGUUGAGGGGCUCUACCAAACUGGCAUUACCUAUGUCUUAAAAGCCACUAUUUCGAGAGGAAAGUUGGCUAAGAAUGUGCAUGCCUUUAAACGAUUUCGAAUUAUUCGAACCCUGGAACCUGCCGCCCUCGAAUUCAACCACGCUAUGAGUGUAGAGAACAUAUGGCCAAACAAGAUCGAGUACUCCGUGGUCGUUCCGCAAAAAGCCGUUGUCUUUGGUACCAAUAUCCCUUUGGAGAUGCGGUUUACUCCUCUCCUAAAAGGGCUAGAAAUGGGCGUCAUUACGGUUAAGCUUAUUGAAAUCCAGGAAUUCAGCGUGCAAGGCUACCAAGCUCCAACCAGAUCAUACAAGCACGAUCGUGAUGUUACCUCAUGGAAUCUCGAAGUCACCCGUGAUCAGCAUUGGCAGAACAACAUCGAAGAAACUGGUCAAGAAGGAUGGGUUGUUAACAGGGAAUUACCCCUACCCAAGAGGUUAAGCAGGUGCAUUCAAGACUGCUCAGUUCACGGCAUUAAGAUUCGACACAAGCUUAAGCUCACAGUUGCACUACAAAAUCCUGAUGGCCAUAUUUCCGAGCUUCGGGCAUCAUUACCGAUAACUAUAUUUAUCUCGCCAAAUAUGCCUUUAGACGAAGAAGGCAAUCUCGUUUCCCAGACGCCUGGAACUCCCGGCGAAGUAAACGAGAGCGACGCUUCAGUGAUGGCUCCCCCGGGCUACGGAAUGCACGUACUAGAUCAGCUGUACGAAGACGUUGAUCUGAACGGGAUCAUGACCCCUGGGAUCCACAGCGGCCUUAACAGUCCGUUCUACGCACAAUCCCGGGCAGGUUCGACAGAAAAUCUAGCAGCUAUGGCUCAUGCUAUAGCAGUCCCACCUGCAGUUCUGUCUUCUAGGCUGCAGAACGUCUCUCUUGACGAAUCUCGGAGGAACGAGUCUUUCAUCUCGACCGGAUCUGGGUCAGGAGCGACAACUCCAUUCAACCACCCACAUGACAGCGAGCACACUGGGGAUUCAUCGCAGGUACAUUCAACGCAGCUGUCGCGACAGACAAGCGAGGAGGAUCGUCCGAAUCAUGCAGGGGGUCACCACACUCCGCCUGAGCAUACUGAGUUUUUGGACAUGGAGGAGCUGAGCAAGGUGCCAAGCUAUGCAACGGCAACGAGAGCACCGCUGCCAAGGACGCAAAGCUACACGGGCUCCAUCAUCCUUCCGGAUUAUCAGACCGCAACGAGUGCGCCGGGUUCUCCAACGCGAAUAGUAUUGAACGACCCCAUGGCAACCAUUGUGGAGGGCCCACAAGCCGAAGUUACAGUAUCAAGCACCCGAUCGAGAAGCACAUCGAGGAGUAGGCAGACCAAUCGGCAUUCGAUAGGAGGAUUCAGCUUUUUCCCCAGUCACACAGCUGUAAGCGGCAGUGAUGGCGAGCGACGACUACGACUCAUCCAAGGCAGAAGUGGCUAGAUAAUUGCCACGACGGUCUUCUGCAACUGUUACUUUACCAUUUGGGAUUGCUCCCCAAUCUAAGCAUUUCUAUGGGCUACCAAAGUCAUCCAAGCGUAAUGUUUAUUGGUUUCUCUCGUGGUUAGGCGUUUUAAUGGCUCAGGGGAUAUCCACAUGUACCAUGGUUCGCAGGAAGGUUGGUUUCAUCGGGACGGGCCACACUUGCAUUGAGCGGCGAAAUGGCAUCUGGUUGCGGACUCUGAACAAGGAAUUGAAUUGAAUUGGCUGGUUUUUUUUUUGUGGAGGCACAUAUCUAAGAAUUGCUAUAUACCCAUCAUGUUGCUUUCACUAUUGGCAUUUAGACACCAAGAGACUCGGCGUUAGGAGGCAAUGUCACUCUCCAAUCCUCAGUUCGGCAAGUUGGAGACCGAGACUGAAUAAUAAGAGAAAACUUUUUACAUCCUCAUCACGGAUAAUUGCGGUUGUGUGCUUGCAUAAUGUAUAAUGUAUGGAGCGUUGCAUGCUCGUGUUGUAUCAAGUAUAAAUAAAUAAAUAAAAAGCAGAAAAA